AUGCUGGUACAACAGCUUGUCUUGCAGUACAGCAACCAGCAGCUUCCUCAUGCUGGCCCGCCUGGGGCUGCGUCGUUUGCCGACUAUGUUGCAUUCGCUCAGCAGCAGGACAAGCAGGCAGCGCUGCAAUACUGGAAGACAUAUCUGACAGGCGUGAAGCCUUGUCACUUCCCCAGGCUUCUCGAUGAAGAUCCUCGAUCCGACGGACACGCUACAAUGUCCUCGGUCCUCCUCGAAGUGGAAGCAGCGCCUCUGCAGGGAUUCUGCAAAACCAACGGCGUCACCAUCCCGACAUUGAUGCAGGCCGCCUGGGCCACGGUCCUCCGCACCUAUACUCAAACCGAAGAUGUCUGCUUUGGAUAUCUGGCCUCGGGCCGUGACGAGCCGGCAAUUAUUGGUGUGCAAGACAUGAUCGGCAGCUUGAUUCAUCUUCUGGUUUGUCGGGUUCGUUUUGAGGACGAGCAAAACCACUCUUUCAUUGGGUUGCUGCAGCGGCUGCAGGGAGAGCUCGGUCCUGCUCUGCAAAACCAGUACAGCAGCUUGGCCGAGAUUCAGAACUCUCUAGGAGAUGUGGCGAUCGGAGGUUCCUUUUUCAAUACCCUCGUUUCCAUGAUAUACUCCCAGACCCCCCUGGGACAGCCGAAUACAGAGUCCAGCAUCAUGCUGGACAAGAUUACAACAGUUGCCACGAGCGAGUAUGAUGUGACUCUGAGCAUCGACUUCUCGCCCUGGUCCAAGAACAUUGCUAUAUCCUUCAUCUAUCAAAAUAGCGUCAUGUCCCCAGCAGCCGCCACGGCCCUCUCUGGUUCUUUUGCUCAGAUCCUGCAACUGAUCACCAAAAGUACCUCCUCGGCUCCGCAAGAGGCGGAUGUGAUCAGUGCAUUUGAUCUAGAGCGCAUUCGCAAGGAGCAACAGCAGUCCGUACUGCUGCCUCCAAACCCCUUCCCUGAUAUUUCUACUAAUGGUAUUACUAGUGCAGCUGCCGAGACGUGUGUCCACAUGCUCAUCGCGGAACAGGUCCGCGUCCGUCCUAGCGAUCAGGCCAUCGCGUCCUGGGACAACAACCUAACCUAUGCCGAGUUCCAUGCCUUGGCAAUUCGGCUGGCCAGCGUACUCCAGCGUGAGCUGGGCGUUGGACCCGAAGUUCUCGUCCCGCUGUGUUUCCCUAAAUCUACAUACGCCGUGGUCGCCAUGGUUGCCGUACUAAUGGCUGGUGGUGCUUUUGUUCCCCUGGAUCCAAAAGCCCCAGCUGCCCGACUGCAGGGGAUCCUCAAAGACACACGAGCCACUGUCGUGUUGACGGCACCCGGGAGUUUCGAGGCAACCAUUCGAAACAUGGACACGGCGCAGCGGCUUAGCGUCCUCGCGAUCAACGAGGAAAUGCUAUCGACCCUCCCAGCACCGUCGAGUGCCGGGACCAGAUCUGAAGCCCGGCGAACCGGCACGGCUGGUGGACACCCUUUCGGAUGA